UAACUUUGAACCUUACACUACGUGAGUUUGCCGUGUUGAAUGUGACGAUUCCUGAGCACAGACCACCAGUACGUACCUCUUGCCAAGGCUCGCGCGAUCCGUGCUAGCGCGGGCAAAAGCGGCCAACAAGGACUUCCGACCAAGCGAAGUUUGGCGAGGCUGCAACCUCGUGACUGGUGACCUUGACAACAUCGACAUCUCGAUUGUGCAUGCGGCAAGCACCACGCCGGUCCGCGCUGCGAACCUUACAGACCGAACUCUGAACUGCUUACCUGUGCUGCUCCGCCUGGAGGCGGCAUUAAGCAGACAUGCUGCCCUCAUCUGUCCGACGAGUCGUCGCUGCGGCGCCUCAGUCGCCUGCGGCUCCCUCCUUCGCCUCUUCUGUCUCGCGAGUCGCCGUCGCCUACAGUCUUCCGUACAGGCAGAACGGCCUUCAUCAGCGCCGCUAUUCCUCGUCGAAACCAUCCAGCCCCGAUGACGGCUCCAAAGAUUUUACCGCUCGAGCUUCCGUUCCUACGUCAAGAGGGUCAAAGGCAGAGAAAGCAAAGGGCCAGGCAAAAAAGGUUACGCCACAGCCGCCCAGUGUUCCCAGUACCAGGCAUAUUGGGGAUGAAGGCCUCGCGCUCUCGACCUUCUUUGCUCUUCAUCGGCCGAUCUCAGUGACACAGCUGUUGCCCCGUACAGUGUCCGAGGAUGUCUUCGCCAAGAUCUUCACUCCACGAACGCGGAACAAUAGAGUAGCCGAAGUUCUCUCGACGCUCUCGCAAACGGUGCAGGAUCUAGAGGAGCCGCUCUCGAGAGGGAACCUUGUCAACGGAGAUAAGCAGCAAUCGCACGACGUGCAAGAUGCCGAAGACGGGAUCAAAAUGCUCAGCCUAAAGCACGCCGAUGGUUCCGAGACGGACGUCCACCUGCGGCUUAACUCCAUGUCGGGCCACUUCCUUCCAUACACCCCGCCGCCUGCACCUAAACCCGUCACCGAGGCGGCGCCGGCCGAAGCCGAGUCUGCCAACCGCGCCAUCGUUGAGGAAUUGGCCGAGCAGGAGCCGCAGACACGCGUGUACAAGGCCAUGGUGACAAUCGAGGAGACGGUCGAGGCCAAUGGCCAGUACAAGGUGGUCGCGCACAGCCCCGAGCUGGUCGAGGAGGACACGCCGCCACGGUCGUUCCUGGAGCGCAUGGCGUGGCGCCAGCUGCGGUACGACGAGGCGCGCCGGCAGCAAGGCCGCACCAUGCAGGCCAUCAGCGUCGUCCGACGACGCAAGCUGCGCAUGAAGAAGAAGAAGUACAAGAAGCUGAUGAAGAAGACGCGGAAUCUGCGUCGGAAGCUGGAUCGCUUGUAAAGAGGAGUGUUGCUGGUAAUAUCUCCGUGUGUAAAUAUCCCCACUACCGAAUUUCCUCUACUUCUCAUCUUUGUUUAGAGACCACCAUGGUCCCAUGGUACACGGGCUACAUCAU